ACAACCUUCAAGCUACAAACAAAAACAGUUUACAAUAUAUAAUCCAACUCUACAACUAGUGCUCGCCUGAGAGAGGAUUCACCUUGCGAGCUAGGAGCAUCUCUUUAUCGGCGCGCUAGCGCAGCCUUUUUAGCAACGAUGGUGCAGGCUAAGGCGCAGCAGCAGCUGUACACGCACGCUGCAGAGCCGAAGGCAGUUCAACAGCGGCGUGCCAAGUAUCGCGAGGAUGAGACGACGCAGACGCUGCCCACGGCAAACAUCAUGUUCGACCGUCGUGUAGUACGAGGCAACACAUACGCCGCGCGCAUUCUGCCCGCCGAUGCCACGCAAACGCAAACCAAGGGACCCUCGCCGGCAUCGACGAAGAAGAGGACAACACGGACGCUGCCGCCCCGGACGCCGGAGGCCGUUGACGGCCGGCGGCACAUCGACAUCCAAACGGACGUGUAUCUGGAGGAGCUGACAGACACCGUGCCGGAGGCUGACACCUCCACGCAGACCGAUGCCUUCCUGGACCGGCCCCCCACCCCGCUGUUUGUGCCGCAGAAGACGGGCACGGACGCCAUCACCCAGAUCGAGAACGGUGACCUGUUUGACUUUGACUUCGAGGUGGAGCCCAUCCUGGAGGUGCUGGUGGGCAAGGUGCUGGAGCAGGGCCUGAUGGAGGUGCUGGAGGAGGAGGAGCUGGCGGCCAUGCGCGCGCACCAGGAGCACUUCGAGCAGAUUCGCAACGCCGAGCUGGUGGCCACACAGCGCAUGGAGGCGGCGGAGCGGCGCAAGCUGGAGGAGAAGGAGCGGCGCAUGCAGCAGGAGCGCGAGCGUGUCGAGCGCGAGCGCGUGGUGCGCCAGAAGGUGGCGGCCAGCGCCUUUGCGCGCGGCUACCUGUCUGGCAUUGUCAACACGGUGUUUGACCGCUUGGUGUCCAGCGGCUACAUCUACGACCCCGUCAUGCGCGAGGUGGAGACGGCGUUCAUGCCCUGGCUCAAGGAGCAGGCCAUCGGCUACCUGGCGCGCGGCGUGGUGGCGCGGCGCGUGGUGGACAAGCUGGUGGAGGACGCGGCGGCGGCGCUGGCAGCCAAUCGCAGCACCCUGGCGGACAAGGCCGCCAGCACGGCGGCCACGGUGGACGCCUGGGCGGAGCGGCAGGCCAAGAUGGAGGCGGAGCUGCAAGGCAAGGAGCUGGAGGCGGUGCGGCGGCGGCCCACGUUUGUGCUGCGCGAGCUCAAGCCCGCGGUGGCGAGCGCCGAUGCCGUCGAGGCGGCGGCCGCGGAGCUGACGGCGCAGGCGGAGGAGGCGGCCAACGCCAAGUGGGAGGCGGACAAGGCGGAGGCGGCGGAGAAGGCGCGCGCCGAGGCGGAGGCGGCGGCGGAGGAGCAGAAGGCGCUGCUGGAGGAGUUGGCGGCCACGGCGGCGGCGGAGGCGGAGGAGCGCGGCGAGGAGCCGCCGGCGGAGCCGCCGUCGCUGCCGGAUGGCGUGGAGCCUGUGGACGUGGAGGCUGAGGUGGCCAAGGCGGUGGAGGCUGUGCCCAAGCCGCCGGUCAAGGAGGUGACAGACAUUGACAUCCUGUCGUACAUGAUGGACAAGGGUGCCAUCACCAAGGACGCCAUCAUCCAGGCGCUGGCGGUGCACGCGCUGGGCGACAAGGCCUACACCAACCACCCCGCGUUCGCCGAGGCGGAGGGCGCGUAAGGGCCCGCCGCGCAGUGUAGCGCAGUGAAGCGCAGCGCAGCGUGCGUCUAUGCGUGCGUGCGUGCCUUGUAGGGCGACAGAAGGAUUUGUUGGGGAAUGCGCAGCGUAUGGAUUUUGACUGUGUGGAUAGCACGCGUGCGCGUUUGUCGCACGACUGGCUUGUGUUGCCGGUGUUGCGUGGACAGGACUGAGCUUGUCGCAGGACGGCAAAGGGCGGUAGGAGCCUGGUGAAGGUGCCUGCGGCCUACCUGGGGCCGUCUUACAGUGACCCAGCAUUCUUUUGAGACUCCAUUCCGCUGUAGCAGCGGCUUCUCGCGUGUGUGCGUACUACUGAGUACUGACUGCGGGGACAGCUGAACUGUGUGUCUAUUGUGCUGGGCUGGCUGUAUGUGUGCGUGUCCGAAGUACGGUACGGAGUGGAUUGGGGGAGAGGUCGCUUUGUACAGAACACAGCCAAGGCCAGCUGACAUGGUCUUGAAUGAGAUGCAGCUGUGUAUCACGGGCGCGUGAGCGUAGGCAAAUGCCUUAGAGCUUUUGUAAGCAGGUUCUGCA